UUCCUUGCAAUGGUACAUCCAGCAUCCUGCAGCACAAUGGUCGCAAGAGGACAGCGGACUGUGUGAUUCAGCAUCGCCUUUCUCGGCCACCUCUCUCUCUUUUUUUGUUCUUUAAUCUUUGUUUUUCAUCAGUCUCUCCAUUUUUUUCCGCAUCAUCGUGGUGUUGAUCCAUGUAGCCCAAUCGGGAUGUUGUGAAUAAGAGCGUGAGAGUGUGUGUGUGUGUGUUUGUGGGAGAGAGAGAGAGAGAGAGAGAGAGAGAGGACCGGGAUCAGCUGGCGCGGAAUGGUAUUUAUGAACAGACAUUUCUUAUACAACUGCAGUGCACCAAUCCUGGAUGUGAAGAUUGCCUUUUGUCAGGUGUGUGUUCCAUACAGGUAAAAUAAAAGGGUUUUGGUAAACAAGUUGAUGUGUCUUAUAUCGCCAAGCAUUACAACAUGAGCAAGAGCAAAGUGGACAACCAGUUCUACAGCGUGGAAGUCGGAGACUCCACCUUCACGGUUCUGAAACGGUACCAGAACCUCAAGCCCAUUGGUUCUGGGGCUCAGGGAAUAGUGUGUGCUGGAUAUGACGCUGUCCUGGACAGAAAUGUGGCUAUAAAGAAGCUCAGCAGACCUUUCCAGAACCAGACCCACGCCAAGCGCGCGUACAGGGAGCUGGUGCUCAUGAAAUGCGUCAAUCACAAAAACAUCAUCAGCUUAUUAAACGUUUUCACACCGCAGAAAUCUUUAGAGGAAUUCCAGGAUGUGUACCUGGUGAUGGAGCUGAUGGAUGCUAACCUGUGCCAGGUGAUUCAGAUGGAGCUGGACCAUGAGAGGAUGUCCUACCUUCUCUACCAGAUGCUCUGUGGCAUCAAACACUUACACUCAGCCGGCAUCAUCCACAGGGAUUUGAAACCUAGCAAUAUCGUGGUGAAGUCGGACUGCACGCUGAAGAUUCUGGACUUUGGGUUGGCGAGGACCGCCGGAACCAGCUUCAUGAUGACCCCAUAUGUGGUGACGCGGUACUACAGAGCCCCGGAGGUCAUUCUGGGCAUGGGGUAUAAAGAGAACGUGGAUAUUUGGUCAGUCGGUUGCAUUAUGGGUGAAAUGGUGCGCCACAAAAUCCUCUUCCCCGGCCGAGACUACAUCGAUCAGUGGAAUAAGGUGAUUGAGCAGCUUGGCACGCCAUCGCCUGAGUUCAUGAAGAAGCUCCAGCCUACAGUGAGGAACUACGUGGAGAACCGACCUAAAUACGCUGGUCUCACUUUCCCUAAGCUGUUUCCCGACUGCCUGUUCCCUGCAGACUCUGAGCACAACAAACUCAAAGCAAGUCAGGCCAGAGAUCUGCUUUCUAAAAUGCUGAUCAUCGAUCCUGCUAAGCGGAUAUCAGUGGACGAGGCCCUGCAGCACCCCUACAUCAACGUGUGGUACGAUCCGUCUGAGGUGGAGGCGGCCAAAGAUCUUCAGAUAUCCAUGCCUCCUCCUCAGAUCUACGACAAGCAGCUGGAUGAGAGAGAACACUCCAUCGAAGAGUGGAAAGAGCUGAUCUAUAAAGAAGUGAUGAACUUUGAGGAGCGAACGAAGAACGGCGUGGUGAAGGGACAGCCUUCUCCUUCAGGUGCAGCCGUGAACAGCAGCGAAAGCCUCCCUCCAUCCUCAUCCGUCAACGACAUCUCGUCCAUGAGCACCGACCAGACCCUGGCCUCCGACACGGACAGCAGCCUGGAGACCUCGGCCGGGCCGCUCGGCUGCUGCAGGUGACUAACCGCCUGCCUGCGCAACCCCGCCUUCUUUAGGAGGUGAUCUGAAUGAUUUCACAAAAAGAAAAAAACGCCUAUCCAACGCCUAUCUGAUCCACUACUCUGCAAAAAGAAGUUGCUCAAAUAUUGUCAUUGUAAUCCACAGAUUGGAUUCUGUUUAACGAUAAAUUUAGGAAUAACGGGAAAAUAAAUAAUAAAGCCUGCAUUAUUGUUCAAAGCAAACUAAGAAAAUGGAAAAAAGAUGCUGAUGUAUGUGUAUAUUUAUGAAUCCCUCACUAGUUGCUUUGCUUUAUACUCCCUUCAUAUGGCAUCUGAUAAUGAAAAAAAUAAUGUAAUGCUUACCGAGGCAUCUCUGUGAAGUGUACGUUAAUACGUUAACCUGGAUGAUCCCGAGUAAACUGCAAGCUUUCUGUGCUCCUUCAAUCGAUGUGGCAAGGUGGGCUUUUGUGUUUCUCACUACUCAAAUAUAUAUAAACAUGAUUUCCCCCGUUAUACGACAGUUAUGUUUGUGCUGAACCUCUUUAACCAGAGGAAUUUGACCCGAAGACAAUGUUUUUUUUCUGGGUGUGAACGUAAAAACCCCUCUAUCUCUUGUAUAUAUGUAAUUCUGUACAGCUGCAAGGCAUGAAUGGGACUGACGGCCAGUAUCGGGAGUUGUCUUGCGCACCUUGCCACAUCACCGCUUUGACCUUUAGUUGCCCUUGCCUGUAGUCUUCUUGCAUGACCAGAGAAAAAAAAUGAAACACUAAAUAUAAACAUAACCCAGUAUAUUUGUAUACCAUGUAAGAAAAUGAAAUCUGCUGGAAGCUGCGAGGCGAACGGAAGGGUUUUACGCUGGCGAAGUGGUCGCGUGUGUGUCCUUGUAUUCUGCAGGAAGCCAUUGUGAGGGAACAAGUACUAUCACACAUAAACCUCCAUCAGGGUUGCCAGGAUUGCAGUUUUUACACCGGAUUGGGCUAGUUUUGGGAUUUGGGAAGGUUGCGGUUGUAAGAAGCCGGAAAUAUCUUGUUUCCACAAACACAGGCGAUGGCAAACAAAGCGAAAGUGUAAACGCAGACAGCUUAUCUACAAUGUACAGAACCAUUUCUGUUGUAGAUAUAUUGCAAAUAUUAGAGUGGAAACAGAAAGAAAGAGGGAAAGAAAGAUUAAAUUGUAUCUGUGAAUUGCAGAUACUGCAAAGAAAUGCGCGCGCACUACGGUGAACUUGUUUUCCACGCAAAGACAGACUAAAAGCGUCUCCUUUUCUCAAUGCCCAAAGGUUUUUGGGCUUUUUUCAAAUGUUCUUGGGCUGGAAAUAUUGACCUGGCAACCCUGACCUCCAUCCUGCUUUUCAAUUUAUUUAUUUUUUUACAGUUUCUUAGUUUCUACACUUGCAUAGUCCAUAUUUCCUCAGAGCGUGUUGAGUGCACUAUGAGCGUGCAUGUGCUGAGAUUAAAAUACAUCCACUGUUUCGCCUUACUCGCUGCUUUGCAUGUCACUCCUGACCUUUGACACCUCAGAUCGGUUCUCUUAUGGCUGUUGCAUGUUCAGGAAAGGGCUUUUUUUCCCAAAGUCGAGCAACUUCGAAGUGAGCGCUGUGUCAAUGAUACCUCAUUCUCUUAGCUUUGCAUUCGAAUCAUUUCAUUUUUGCAUUCCUGGUGCACGUCCAUCUAACUAGCCAUCGUUGCAUUUUUGACAUUUUGUUGUCUGAAUGGAAUCCAAAUGGACUUACUACCUAAAACAAGGAAUCUGAAAGAAGUGGGCUUUAUUUAUUGAACGCAUGCGUUUGCCUGAAUUCGGGUAGUGCCUUUGAAAUAAUGCAGUUUCCUCUUAUUUAUCAAAAUAAUUCCAGAGCAGUGAAGUGUGGAGGAAGUUCAGGCGAGGUUGCACAGGCAGUGGCUUUGUCACAAUUUGAACAUUGCAGGUAAUUCAGAGUUGUCGUACGUUGGCGGUGCCUGGUUUGUCGGGUCUCUUCCUUCUUCUAACCUCUUUGUCUAAGUAUGCACAUAAUCACCAGAUCUUAAAAACCAUCUCCUUCCCUGUCCUAUGAAAAAAAAAGAAUGAACCCUGACAUAUAAUUGUUGCAUUUCUAAAUAAUGUAUUGUAAAUGAAACCUCAACCUUUACUCACUCGCCUGAUGUUUUUUUUCAGUUAUAGGUUAAUGAUAAGCCUUAUUCAAUAAAUGUCAUGACGUACACAGUAAGAAAAUGGAUCAUAUAAUUUUUGUUUUGUACCUGUACUUGUCUGAUUUGACCUGUGUACCAAAUCAUUUUAAUAAAGGAAUGAAACGCACAUUUUUUUUGUUUGCUUAUACCGAUUGUUAAAUUAAUUAGAGCCAUUUCUGAUUCUUAAUAGUGGUCAUUUUUUAAAAACUGUAUUGUCAUUCUGCAAUUACACUGCAUUUAACAUUUACUGUGUCACAUAGUACACUUACAUUUUGUACAGGCCCUGCUGGUGACAUCCCUACUUAAUAAAAAAUAAUGUGUGGCCAGGACGUAGUAAUGUGUGGGAAUGAGAUCAUUAAUCAUGACACAAGGGAAUGAGAUAAUUAAGUCAUAACCAUGACAUAGUAAAGUAAGGGAACGAGAUAAUUAAGUCGUAGCCAUGACUUAGAAACAUGAGGGAACGAGAUAAAUAAAUCAUGGCCACUACUUACUAAUGCAGGGGAACGAGAUAAUUAAGUCGUAGCCAUGAUUUAGUAACAUGAGGGAAUGAGAUUCUAAUGUUCACAUAUAUACAGUGUUUUACAGUAACCACCAAACUCUUAACUUUUUCUAAUUAAUAAGAAAGUGUGCAAGUAAACCUCUCUAGUGUCUACACUACGAAACCAGACAAGUGGCAGCUUUUUUCCCCUCCAAGCGUGUAAUGGUUACCGUAAAACCCCAUAUGUAUUUGAACAUGCCCAACAUGAAGAUAAAGCUUUAUUAUUAAAUUAAAAUAAUAAAUUAUUAUUAUUUUUAGUUGAUCUUGUUCCCACACAUUACUAAGUCAUGGAUGCAUUAUUUUUAUUAAGUAGGGAUGUCACCAGGGAGCGCCGUAAUUCUGAAGUCAAAUUUUAUUGGCCCUAACAUUCAACCCUUAGGAAUACCUACAAUAAUGAUUAAAGCCUCGAUUUAUUUUCUUCGUGGUACUGUGCAUGUAGAAAUUCUACACUUUCAAAGUGUGCAUGUCUAUCUAGGCACAAUUGAUGGAAUUGUACCUUUAAGUGCUUACUAUCUAAUUGAAACAUACCAUUUUAUUUACCCAGUAAGGCCACUGAUUUUAUGUGUUAGUGUUGCAAAGUUUGAUUUUUGGGCUUUUUUUUUGGGCAUUUAAUGUAACAAAUGUCACAAAUAUAGCUUAAAUUGCAUUUUGAGGAGAAAUUUAUUUGGCCCCAAGGGUGAACCCUGAGGAAUACCUAAGAAAAUGAUUAUUUUGCUUUUCUUUUUCUUGGUACUGUGUGUAGAAAUUGUAUUGUUAAUUCUGAAGAUAAAAAAAUGUAGAGGCCAACCAAACAUCUGUAAUUGUCUUAUUCCCAAAAUGAGUUUUAUUUCUAUGACAUUUAAGUGGCAUAUAUAUAUAUAUUACUCAGUACUAACUGAGCGCUAAUAGUCACACUUAAGAAAUCUCUCCAAGGCUGAAAUCUCUGAAGUCAAAUAACCAAGUAUUUUUCUUUAGCACCAUUCACACAAUCACCAUUGAAAUUAUUAUAUAUUUAUUUUCUUAAUUUUCUUUUGCAUGGUAAAUACAAGAUGUGCAGUUUUCUGUUGUAAUUACUGACAUUUGAAACACUGACGUUGAUACACAGGUGCCGCCAUUAGCUUUCGCUCUUUCCUGAGAAAGAAAAACACAACAAUGUGAACAUGAUCACACUGUGACGGGUUCUGAGAGGUCUCCAGGCUAUCAAUAAAACACUUUUACAACAGGGUGCACACACACACACACACACACACACACACACACAAAUACACAACAUAUAGUAGCGUUUGUAUUUCAAUUGUAACUAGUUGUAAACUGUUCUGUUGUGUAUUCACUUUGAUUCAUUAGAAUAGGAUGAGAUGAAUGUGGUGCGUUGUCAUGUAUUUUUUACAAUCUAUUUUCCAAAACACGACCCGUAUAUAUAUAUAUAUAUAUAUAUAUAUAUAUAUAUAUAUAUAUAUAUAUAUAUAUAUAUAUAUAUAGCAUUAACAGCUGGGUCAGAAACAGGGUUGAUCUUGGUUUUUUUCCCAAAUCUUCCAAAUCUCUUCAAAAUGGUGCCACAAAUAUUAUUCAUUCUGUGCUGAUGAUGCAAAUCUGAAGAUUGGUGUGUUUUAUAAAACAAUUCAUUCGUAACAUCCUGUAAAAGUUGGAGAAAUAUGUGUCGUGUGUUUGAAAACCCUGACACAAAUUUCUCCAAACAAACCUGACAUUUGUAUGUUGGUGUUUACUGGACAAUGUUUGGCCUGGAUUUUAGUCCUCAGAAUAUGGGAAUUUUUACUCAAAAUGUCUCCAGAAAUUAAUGACAGUGUUGUGGUUAACAUUAAUUGUCAUCUAAUGUGAUUUUCUUUUAUAUUAAUUACAUUUUGACUCUAUGCUGCUUUAUAUUCAUUUCAAAGAAACAAGCAUCUGUUGCUUUUUCAGGCAUGAAAGAAAUAAAAAUUAGUUGUAAUCACA